CAUUUACAGAGGUGUAUUAUAUGUCACACUUCACACUUCUCUAGUAAGUUUCCUCUGUGUGUGAAUACUCUGUGUGUAACCACUGAGGUAUAAUACAAUAAAAAGUUAACCAGAUUUAGUUUCGAUGAGGAAGCUGCACUUAAAGCUAGUGAACUAGAAGAGGAGGAGCCAUCAGUCAUUCAAAUCAGCUGUUCUCACAAUCCUGUGUCAGUCAGACUCUCGCCGGUUCAAAAGGAAACAGCAACUUAUAAACUGCAAUGGACAUCAUAGAUCCCAUCCUAUCCAUCGCAGAAAAGCUGUACAGUCUGUGUGAGGAGGUGAAGGCCAACAAGAAGCGCUGCAGGCGUCUGGCUCACCGCGUGUCCACUCUGGCUGAGCUGGUCAGGGCCGUGAAGAUUCAUGGCUUUGGGACUGAACCUGAACAGGUUAGAAAGGGGCUUGAAAAUCUUAAACUCACUCUGGAGUCAGCAGAGAAGGUAGUGAAGAAAUACACUUCCUUCAGCUAUUUGAGACGGAUCGCCAAAGCACUUGACCUCGGAGAGGAGUUCAGCUUCCUGAAUGAGAGGCUGAAUGAUGCAGCCCAGGUGCUUUCUCUAGCGCUUCAGGUAGAGCACAGAGCAAGUAUAGAGAAAGUGUUUCAGGAAGCUACAAGGUGGCGGGAAGAUGAAGAAGACAGGCAGAGUGACUCUCUGGAAUUGCUCCAGUCUUUAGCUCAGGAGAGCAAAGAAACGAACGCGGUGGUUGACGCUGUACAAAAGACAGUUGGCCAAACUCAAAAAGAUGUGAAGGACAUUAAAGAAAUCAUGGAAUCAUUGAAAAAAACCCGCCUUCAUCUGCCAGACAUUAGAGAGAUUAAACCAGAAGAACUGACCUACAGUAUUCCUAUUAAACCCCUUAUGAAGUGCAGCCAUUCUGAGCUUUACAAAGGGAUGUACAACAAAUUCACUGUGGCUAUCAAGAGAUACUCAUGUCCACUGUGCACCAACCCCAGUGAGCUGAGGAGUGUUUUUAACAAGGAGGUGGAGACCAUGAAGCGAUUUGAGUCACCAAAUGUCUUAAGAAUGUUUGGGAUCUGUGUCGAGGAUGAGAACGGACCAAAUCCAAGUUUCCUGAUAGUCAUGGAAUACUGUGAAAAGGGAAGUCUUCGACAAGUCCUGGACAGUAAAUGCAAUCUGCCCUGGGAAAGAAAGACACAGAUGUGUCUGGAUGCAGCACAGGGACUCUACAGGCUGCAUCAGUCAGAGGAGAAGUUUAAAGUGCAUGGCUCCAUCAGAAGCUGUAGUUUUCUAGUGGCCGCUGGCUAUAGAGUGAAGUUGGGAGGCUUUGAAUUGGCAAAAACAGAAACUUCUCUUAAGAAGAAUAAAUCCAAAAGGAGCAGUGCUUUCCAUUACAACUCUCCACAGCAGCUUCAGAAUAUCAACCAUCCUUAUGACAAGGCAUGUGAGAUCUACAGUUUUGGCAUUGUCUUGUGGGAAAUUGCAACACGAGAUAUUCCUUUCAAAGACUGUACAACCCCGAGUCAGAUCUUCCAAAAAGUGUAUGUAGAGAAGGUCAUGGAGCCACUUCCGACAGACUGUCCUAAAAAGCUAGAGGAGCUCAUCAAUGCCUGUCGAUCAUUUGAGCCGUUCCUACGACCAACCGCAGGAGUAUUGGUCGAUAUGCUCCUUAAAAUGGUGGAAGAGGAUUGAUGGAGCACCUCUGCAUUUCUAACCAAGGCUUCUGGAAAAAUCAGAUUCUGAUGAUGCUAUCUGUUACCAUCUACAUGAGGAAUAUUCCAGAAAGCAGGAUAAACUUAGUGUCACAUAAACCCUGAACUCCUGGUUGGUUAACCCAAGCCUUGUUUACUUGCAGUAAAUGGU